AUGCCAAAUGGACGCGAGCGACACCAAUCCCAACGUUCAGAGCUCGCGUCUUCCCAUUCCUCCUCACCACUUCGCACCGCUGCUUCCUUUUCGUCUUCCAACCACUCACAAGCCGCUCCGAGUACACAGGCCAUCACUGCAGAGGCCCUUCUUGCAGCCUAUGCGUCCGCCCCCCACCCCUCGCUUGCCGCGCUCGAUGCAGCCGUCGCUGAGCGAAACACGCUGUCCGUGCAGAAUAGCGGGUUGUGGAAGCUCGUGGAGAAGCACCGCACAGCGUACAACCAGAUCAUGAAAGAGCUCGAGCGCGUGCGUAGUGAGCGCGAAAUGUAUCGUUCGCGUCUCCAGAGGACGGGAGAGAACACCGACAAGCUCCUCCGCGCACAUCGCGAGAAGGAGAAGAAGGAGGGCUCGCUGCGGUCCGCCGUCUCGCAGACACACCUCAGGAACAGCGAGAGCGGGAGCUCGAACACGAGCGGAGGUGCGCUGGAUCCGAGGGGGCACAUCGUACGAGCGUACUCCGAUAAUACAGCUCCCCGAUUAUCGCAGCAGCAACAGCAGUCGCAAUACUCUCAGCAUCGUUCGCGUGACCCAUUGACGGAAGCACACAGCUCUCAGACCAGUCUGAACAGCAUUCCCCAAGUGCUCGUCCCUGGUCCAUCAAGUCGUAGCUCUGGACAAGCAGCACAGUCCUCGCAGCAGCCAACACACCCGUCGCGUCCCCGUGAGUCACCCUCUCAACUACAGGUCAACCACUCGGGGCCCAACAACGCUCGUUCCGGUCACGCUGCAACACCUUCCAUCCCUUCAAUCUCAGAAACCUCGUCCGACGGACAUAAACGACCCCUGCACUCGCUCAGCCCCACAGAAAGAUCUUUCUCUUCCUCAUCCCAGGCGCUCUCUACGUCUACGUCUUCCGCGACGGCUCAGAUGGCAGAUUCCGUCCCAAAGCUUGACGUGGCAGAUCCAGUCCUCGGUCCCUACGCUCCGAUGCAACCCCCGCCCGACAGUGUUCGCCCUGUUGCCAGCGUCCCGCCCCAAGUAGCUGCCGUCGUACUAACACCGCCCACGCCUUCACCCCGGUCUACUGCCGCAAUGGCCGCGCUUAACGGCAGAGCCGUCCCCGUCCCACCUUCACCACUGAGGACGAACUUCCAGGCUCCUCAGCAGCCCGCAUCUUCCAGCUCUUUGAGCCCGCUCUCUAAUGUCGAGCCGUCGCGGCCGUACGCCCUCUCGCGCGAGUCGCGGAUAUCGUUGCCCGAAGAGGCGAAGAGGUAUUACGCUACUAUGGCUGAUUCGCCCAAGACGAGCCCGGCUAUAGGCAACUUUGAGGUUGGGUUUAGUUCAGGUCCAGGUUCGCCGCUUAAAGCACAGGCGGGGCACAGUCCUGAAUCCCCACACACCCCAGGGAAGCUACAGGUAACGACAGAGGAAAACGCGCCGUUCCUCGACAUGGGAGACGAAGAUAGCAUGUACGGCAGUGUCGGCGGCUCCGUCCGUGACGGCAGCGGGCAGAACUCCAACGUCGAGGACGGAUAUCCGGAGGAGGAGGAGGAUCCGUAUGACCCCGCGGACGAGAACGGGGAUACGGUAGGGAAAAGGGGGAGGGGGACGAACAAACGUGCGGUGGUGGAGGACUUCCCCUUACCCCCGUCGACGCCGCCGUAUGCGCCGACACGCACCAGUGGGUCGCGAUCUCGGUCUGACCACUCGCAUCUUCAGGCGCCGGCGGAACCGCAUACACCUAUAUCGCCCUUCCCCAUCCCUCUGGCGUCGACGCCGCCGCAGAUGACCUUCCGAGAACUGCCGCUCCUCGCGAGCGACCUGCCUAACACAAAAAUCCAAGUGGUCAAUUCGUCCAUUCGCCCCAACGACCGAGGGAAGGAAGUGCUCUCGUUCGCGAUCUUGGUCGACCCGGGAAAGGGCAAGGACCCGUGGAAGGUGGAGAAGCUGUACAGCGACGUGCUCGGCUUAGACGCGCGGAUGCGCGCAACUGUAGGUAAAAACGUCGGGAAGAAGAUGCUGCCCCUACCGGAAGGACGGCUGUGGCGGGAUCAUGCACCCGCGAAGGUUGACCAAAGAAAGAGCGCUCUCGAGCUGUACCUGCGAUCGCUGAUCGCACUUCCAGUCAAGAAUAAGGACGAGGUGAUCGCCUUCUUCACGUCGGACAUGGUGCGCGAGACACAGAAGCCUGUCGCGCAGGCCGGGUACAAGGAAGGUUACCUCACCAAGAGGGGGAAAAACUUUGGUGGCUGGAAGACGCGGUACUUCGUGCUGCAGGGCCCUUCCCUGGAAUACUACGAGAGCCGUGGCGGCGCCCACCUCGGGUCCAUCACGAUCACCGGUGCUCAAAUCGGUCGCCAGCAAAGAGCCCCCGAUAGGAAGGAAUCGGACGAGGAGAGCGAGUAUCGCCACGCUUUUCUCAUUAUCGAGGCCAGGAAGGGGCCCGGUGGCUCGAGCCCGCGACAUGUCCUUUGUGCAGAAAGCGACAAGGACCGCGAUAGCUGGGUCGAGGAGCUCGUCCGCUACGUUUCCGGGACAUACAGCGAGGAUCAGAUCCCCGUUGUCCACUCAUGGGGAAGUGCCGCCGCCAUGGGCGGCGCAACACAGCAAGAUGCCGGGAACCAGCCGCGCAUGAGCACGAGCUCUGCGUCAAUAUACGAUCCGCCUAGUGCGCAGAGCACACCAGUCCGGCGGACACGUGAUGCAGCGAAGUGCGGAAACCCGAAGUUGUCAUCCGAUGGUGGCAGCAUGAAACCCCUUCCACAUAUCGCCUCGUACGGCGAUGAAUCGAUGUCGAGCGGCCCCGCGAAGUCAUCGGUCAUGGCACCGUCCCCUGUCGACCAGGUAAUAGCAGCGGAGAUGCCGAUGUCGACCUCGCUGCCUACGUCGUCCCCACUCGUUGCAGAUGAUGUAGACCUUGUGCAGCCCAUAUCUCAGCGGGCAAAUUCUGAGCUCGGUAACUAUCCUGAUCUUGUCGACCAGAGACCGGUUCGAGGUGGGAACCUAGCCCUCGACCGGAGGAAGAUGAUGCGGAUGUCCGUCAACCCACUCAAGACGGCUAUCCCAGAGCGCACCCCGUCGCCAGAGAAGGACGCCGGACAGCACACCCCCCGCGUCGACGUCAACGGGAAGGUCAAGAUUUCUGCGCCGAUGAACGGCACACUCAUUCCCGCCGGCUACAAGUUUGGUGGCAAAGACGCGCCGUCAGAAUCUUCCGUGUCUUCCAACGAGCGGAGGGAAAAGGCGAAGUCUCGCGGCUUCUGGGGCCUGGUCCGCCAGCAUGAUAAGCCGAACGUGCCUACGCACAUCCCGCGCGCCGUCUUCGGUAUUAGCCUGGAGGACUCGCUUGAGGUCGCCGAGUUAGCUAGUUUGCCCGCGAUUGUCUUCCGUUGCAUCCAGUAUCUGGAAGCAAAAAAGGCCGAGCAAGAAGAGGGUAUCUACCGAUUAAGCGGCAGCUCUGCGGUCAUCAAAGCUCUCAAGGACCGUUUUAACACAGAGGGCGACAUUGACCUGCUAAGCUCAGACGAGUACUGGGAUCCGCAUGCCAUUGCUGGCCUCCUGAAGACGUUUCUGCGCGAUCUUCCGUCUAGUAUUCUCACCCGCGAUCUGCAUUUGCGCUUUUUGGCGGUGAUCGACUUCGUGGAUCCCCAGGAAAGGAUCAAGGAGCUUUCUCGCCUCAUUGCUUCGCUGCCGAUCGCCAACUACAGCCUGCUGCGCGCGCUGACGGCGCACCUGAUCCUGAUCGUGCAGAACGCGCAUGUGAACAAGAUGACGAUGCGCAACGUCGGUAUCGUCUUCAGCCCCACGCUCGGCAUCCCUGCCGGCGUGUUCAGUCUCAUGCUCGGCGAGUUCAAACGUGUGUUCAACGUCGAUAGCACGUUGGAGGCGGAUGGGGAUGGGGAGCCGUCGCGCAGGGGUCAAGGGGAGCAAGAGCCCGGGCUCGAUCGUCGUAAUAGCAGGCAUUACACUGAUGCUGCUGCAGAUCAGCUUCUUGGGCUGUCUGGGAGAGCACUACCAGUUACGGACGAGGACACGCCAUCAGAUGAGGGCGAGGAAGCGUCGCUUGCGGAAGAGAGUAUGGAAGGGACGACAGAGAACGAGUCCGAUAUCGUGGAAUCCUCGGCGACAUCGAGCUCCGCGCAUCUGUCGUAUGGGCAGCAGCCGUCCUCGGACAGUCUGAAUGUGCCCACGGCGGACCAGGGCGGGCUCUCGCCGAUCCCGCGCUCGCGCGCAGCGCACCUGGCGGCGUCGCGCGGGCUGAACAUCUCGACGCCGACGGACAAGGCCUCGCGGCGGCGGAGCCACGUCGUUGGCCUGCCCGUCUCGCCUAGACCGAGCCCGCGGACGCCAAAUACAGGCGGCGCGCCUUCGCCUCCCCCGAUACCCCCGUCGCCUCUCCCUGGCGGGAACUCGUCGCCCCCGAAAUAG